AUGACGAAGCUUCGAGCAGAAACUACAGAAAAGGACGGUGUAGCAAAGCGUGUGUCCUUUCCCCCAGAUGAGGACAUCGUGUCAGGGUUUGCAGAGUGUGCCGACACACAGAGGACUGGUGGCCGUCUGACUGUGGCGGACGUCAUUGCAGCGUAUGAGCAGAGCUGUGUGAAGCACCAAGUGGAGCCUAAUCAGAAGGCUGUGGAACAGAUGAAGGUAUGCAAGAGGGGCAGUGCGGGAUGCCUUGAUCUCAGAGGUGAGCGUCUAGAUUACCGGUCGUGUGAAUCGCUUGAGGAGAUUUUGAAAUCUAUGCAGUUUGAAUCCAUCAAUCUUGAGGAUGCUGAACUUGAAGAAAAUGGGGCAUCAUCAUUGCUGGAGAUGAUUCUGUACUAUGAUUCGACGUGCCACCUCAACGUCUCAUCCAACAUGCUGGGCACGACUGGGUGGGCAGCCCUGUCACACCUGAUCAGACAGAGCAUCAGUCUUGUGAGGCUGGAUGUGUGUAGCAUGCCGGUGGUGGAGUACCCAUCGCAGUGCCUGGCCAAAGGCCUGCCCAGCAGCCGCCUGCGCGUGCUGCACCUACAGAGAGCCAGCCUCAGCGGAAGACCACUCUUUACCCUCGCAGCUGAUCAUUGCCAUCGAUCUGUAGGGGCCCUGAUUGCGGGGCCCUGCCUCGCCCUGCCGCACCGCGCCACACCGUACCGCGCCACACCGCACCACGCCGCACAGCACCGCACCGCGGACUCCCCAAAAUCAAUCCAACGAUCCCCCAUCUAUUUGGUUCCCACUGUGCCUGAUGGCAGUGUUGCCAUUCCCCACGCAACCCCCAGCGGCCUGAUCAAAUCUGACACAUUGAUUUUGGGAGACAUGGGGACCCUGAAGAAGAACAGUGUUCUGGAGGAGCUAAGUCUGAGUGGUAAUGACCUGAACAGCUACCAGGACUCCAUGCAGCUGGGGGAGCUACUGAAGAACAAUCGCAGCCUGCGCACCCUGGACCUCAGCCACAACCUCAUCGCCGACGCAGGUCUUGAGGAGAUAUGUGAGGGUCUGAAGUCUGAACACUCAGGCCUGAAGAUCCUGAUGCUGCUCAACAACCAGAUCACAUGCGCUGGCAUGGAGCACAUGGCUAAUGUACUGCCCCAGUUAAAGGUGCUGGAGAGCCUAACCCUGGACCGCAAUGCACUGUAUAACGAAGGCAUCCACAUGCUGAAGGAGCCGCUGAUGAGGAACCGCUCCAUACUCAGGCUCGGCCUAGCCUACACACACAUCACAUGCGAAGGCGCUGUGGCUCUAGCGGAGUACAUUGCGGAGAGCAGGCAGAUCCGGCAGGUGGAUGCCCGAGGAAACGCCAUCCUCUGUGGGGGACUGAUGGCCGUCUCCCUGGCCCUCCGCGUCAGCAACUCACUCGUCAGUCUGGAGAUAGACCACACCACCAUGGAAGAACAGGACGAGUUCCUGAUUGAAACCCAGGAGAGGCUGUUGCGUAGCAUCUCUGAUCUGUGUGCCGAGAACAGAGCCAGAGAAAAGGAGAGAGAAGCAGCGAUGGAAGACAAGAAAAAGACGGUGGAGAGAGGAGAGGGAGCGAUGAAGGACGAGACCCAGACGUACUCACUAAAAGGGACACAGGCAGCCUCACAGCAGCAAAUGUACUCACGGACAGGGGCACAGCCACAGAGGCGUCUACAGACACAGACACAGUCACAGACACAGCCAGAGAUGCACCCACAGAAACAGACAGACCCAUAG